UUUCUGAUCUGAAGACAAUGCUCCGGCCAGAUGAGACAGAGAGACUUUAAAGAUUUUGGAAACGUUAUGGUGACAUAACCCUCUGAAACAAAGGAGAAAAGACAACCGGGGAGUUUGCUUUUUCCUCACCUCUGUUCUCUCUGGUCAGAAAAAAAGGUUUGCUUGAGAACAUUUAUGAACAGUGGUUUAGCGGUUGUAAUGAAGCUGCAUUUUCUUUUCCUGCUGGACCAGGAUCAGGAUGAACAUGAGUGCCCAGAAGCCAUGAAAGAGCAAAGUUCCCAAGACUUUCAGAAGUUCUGCAGAUGUCAGGUUUUUGCAGCAUGAAGGUGUUCCUUCAGACUCCCAAUGUACAAGAAAGAAAAGGUACACUAUACCAAAUCUCCUUCUUCCAUACUGAGAAAAAGGCCAGUUAUGAACCAAACUCGGAGUCGGAAGCAGAAAGCAGAGAGGAGAGUUCGAUUCCAAGAACCAGAAGAGACUAUUGAACCUGAAAUUUCCUACUGUGACUACAUGGCUGCACACAAGAGACCAGCCAGCAUCCUGCCUUUGUUUUUAGGAAUCUUCCUUUGUAUAGUCCUGCUUUUGGCUGUAAGUCUGUACUACAGCAGCAAGAGACAAGAUUUCAAAGUCUUGGAAGAAUUUCACUCCCAGCUUGAUAUCAUCUUUCUUCAGAUGAGGCACGCUGCUUUGAAAUGUUGGACUUGGUUUAUGAGACAGUAGACAGCCCUACAUAUGGAACCACGCAGGGAUGGAAGCAAUGCCUGCUUACUCUGGGAUAACAUCUGAACACGGUUGCAAAAGCAUUUUCGACAGAAUGCGGAAUGAAGCAGUGCUUUUCUAGAAUAAAGGAAGUAUCCAUGGUA